CUCAUAUUUUAUUACCAGUAUAUUUUUAAUGUUUAAUCUCACUUCAAUUUUUUAACCAAAAAUGCAUAACCUGUGCUUCCAUUCCAGUCGUUAUCAUUUGGACUGUAGAUCCGGAGUGUUUUUUAAGGUAUUUGGGGACAAAUAUGGAGCAGAGAUUGGCCAAUGUAUGGAGGAUGACUGUGAAUGAGAAGAAGUUCAUUGAAACUGCAUUGCUCUCUGACAUCAGAGUCGACCGCCGGCAGCCUUUCGAUUACCGAAAACUCACUAUCAAGUUCGGUAGAGAAGAUGGUUCAUCGGAGGUGCAGCUGGGGAAAACUCAUGUUAUGGGGUUUGUCACUUCAAAACUAGUGCAACCUUACCGAGAUAGGCCGAACGAGGGGAGCUUUGCAAUCUAUACAGAGUUUUCUCCAAUGGCUGAUCCUUCCUUUGAGGCAGGUCGCCCUGUAGAGUCUGCUAUUGAAUUGGGACGUAUAAUUGAUCGUGGUCUAAGGGAAAGUAGAGCUUUGGACACUGAAUCUCUCUGUGUCAUAGCAGGGAAGUGGGUGUGGUCUAUCCGUAUUGAUCUCCAGAUUUUAGACAAUGGAGGGAACCUUGUUGAUGCUGCCAACAUUGCAGCCUUAGCUGCUCUCUCAACUUUUCGGAGGCCUAAUUGCACAGUUGGAGGAGAAGACAAGCAAGAAGUUACUUUGCACCCUCCUGAGGUUGCGGAGCCACUUCCAUUGAUCAUUCAUCAUAUGCCUAUCGCAGUGACCUUUGCAUUUAUUGGUGGUGAGAAUGUAGUGGUGGUAGAUCCAACUCACUUUGAAGAGGCUGUAAUGGGAGGAAGAAUGACAGCUACUGUUAAUGCAAAUGGUGAUGUCUGUGCCAUUCAGAAGGCAGGAGGAAAUGGCAUAGUACAGAGUGUUAUAAUGCAGUGCCUUCGCAUUGCUUCAGUGAAGGCUGGCGACAUAACAAGCAAGAUAAUGAUUUCCGUUGAAAUGUACAAUACAGAAAGAGCUCUUAGAAAUAUCAAAAGGCACAUACCUGCUACUUCCACAAUUGACAUUCCUGACACUGGUCAUGGGGAAAUCAGUGAUGUAUCAAUGCAGUCUAUGGAUAUACAGAGAGUCAAAUUAGAGGCUCUCUGCGUCAGUCAUGAUGAUAAUAUGGAUGUCAAAACACAAACUUCUAAGCCAAGUAGAAUUGGAGGGGGAGUUGGAAAAUGUCAGACUUUCUUGGGCAGGCCCUCAAGUUGGGAUCCAUAUUCAACGAGUGUCAACUUAGAAGAUUUGAAAUCUACUAUUGGUUUACACUCAGGGUCAUCAGUUCUCCUUGAGAAUAAGAAGAUGCUGCAUGAAACUGAAACAGUGCAGCAUGAGAGGCCUACUGCGACAGAAUCUGGGAAGCGUCCCGGACCUUCAAUAGCUGUGAUAUCUGGAGAUGACAUACUGACUCACUCAGUGAAAACAUUGAAGGAUGCUAUAAAGCCUAAGAAGAAUUUUUUAAUCAAGUAGGGGGACCUAAACUUAGUAUCUUUCCAAGGAUUGUUUAAUCUUUAAUAUUUUGCAGAAGCUAGCAAAUAAUGGUUUUUUUUUUGU